UGGGAAUCAGUAGCUGUUCAAAGCUCAACUUUAAUAUGAAGUGGAUUCUGUUCUUGUGCGCCAUCGGCUUGGCAUCAGCUGGAGUGCUCCAAAAGCCGUCAAAGUUGUUGCGCACUUUGCACACGUUGAUGAAUGUCGACGAGUUGGGACGGACAUUCGGCGUGGACAAUUCGUCGCAAGUCGAUGAGUACGAGGUCGUCUACAUCCGCCGGCAUCGAAGUUUCAUGCCCGAAGAUCCUCUUCAACGGAACGCCAGUCCCAAAACGAAGCGGAGUGGCCCUCGUGAAAAUCACGCCCAUUAUUCGUUCGCUGCCAACGGAAAGAACUACAACCUCAAAGUGCGACCGAAUAACUUUCUCAUGGCGCCGAACAUGAAGACGGUGGUGAGGAGCAACGGAGAGCAGGACAAAGAAUUUGUGGAGGAACAUCCUCGAGGUGACGACUGCCACUUUCUCCACUACGACAAUCGAUUAGUUGCAGCUCUUAGUCACUGCACAGACGACGAUAUCCACGGUUACAUGAUUGAUGGAGGUAAACCAAUGGAAAUCAAGCCAAUCCCUUCGCGACUCCGCCAAAUGCUCAACUCUCCACCUGAAACAGACAACGAAAUAAUUAUGAUCGGUGCUCACAUCAUUCGUGCUGUUGAUCCUUUCCCACAUCUUAAAGCUCAUCAAGAGAGCUGCGAUGUUGAUGUGUCUACUCGAAUGAAACCAAUACUCCCCAAGGAACCAGUUGUGGCGGAACCUUCGUCACUAGAAAAGCGAAAGGGUAAAUCAGAAAAGGGAAAGAAACCAUCCGGAAAAUCAGUUGGUGGUUCAAGCAAGAACGCCCUUGAAAAACCAUCAGCGAGUGGUAGGGCCGCUGCCCCGAAUAAAGUCAUCGAGUUGGGAAUUUUUAUCGAUCAAGCGGCACUAGGUCUGUUCAUGCCGUACUUGGGAGAAAAGGAAUACGUCAAACUUCGUGAACUGGUUCUCGCCUUCGUCAAUGCGAUGCAAGCGAUGUACCAUCUGCCUAGUCUGGGCCAAAAAGUCGACUUGUCCAUCGUCUACAUGGAAUUCCACGCCAAGGCACCGGCCACUUUGAUCAACAGCGGAGAUCGAGGAAAACUUCUCGAUUCCUUCUGUGCCUUCCAGACGAAAUUGAACAAACCCUCAGACAGCGAUAACGAGCAUUGGGAUAUGGCACUUCUUUUAUCUGGUCUUGAUUUCUAUGCAAUCGAGGGCGGCAAAAAUAAUUACGUCACAAUGGGUUUGUCCACUGUCACUGGCGUUUGCACUGACAUUUACAAUUGUGUCAUUGGAGAGUUUGGCGUCACGAACCAGCAGGGUCAACCGUACCCUUCCACCGGAUUCACUUCAGUUUACGUAAUGGCACAUGAAAUUGGCCACAAUUUGGGUAUGAGCCACGACAGCUCAGGAAACACUUGCACUACAGAAGGUUUUAUCAUGAGUCCAUCUCGCGGUGUAGUAGGGGAAGCUACCUGGUCUACUUGCAGUGCCUCAACACUUGCCAAAGUCACUGAAACUUGCAUGAACGAUCUACCUUCCGGCAACUUCCCCGAUUAUAACCACAACAAAUACGGAAAUAGACCCGGCCAGUUAUGGUCGGCCGAUGAGCAAUGCCGAAUUCUCUUGCGUGACAAGGCUGCCGUUGCUUUCUUUGCCACAAACGCCGAUAUUGCCGCGUCUUGCAACUCGCUGAAAUGUAAAACACCAAAUCGCGAUGGCUUCUUCACGUCUGGCCCAGCUCUCCCCGGAACGGUUUGCGGUAGCUCACUGUGGUGCGAUGGAGGAAGCUGCGUUCCGUCCGGCCGCUCUAACGUAAUAGUAACAGUUCAAGGAGGAUGGUCCGACUGGAAAAACAAACCUUGCAGCUCCGGUUGUCUCACGAAAUCCAAAGGAGCGGUCGUCAGUGAAAGAGAGUGCAAUAAUCCAGCACCGAGUGACGUGUUGCAUCGCUGCGAAGGCGCCAGUCUCAAGGCGGCCGUUUGCGACGACGAACAAGUUUGCACCGGAAAAACACGCGUCGCUCCGGCCGAAUAUGCUGGCCAGCAAUGCGCAAAAUUCAGCCAACAUGUGCCAUUCAUCGAUGCUAAAGGCGCUGGCAUGCAAGCGGCCUACUCUGAAAAACGGUCAUGGCAAUCGUGCGCCAUUUUCUGCAAGCGAAUCGACCGGGAAGGAUUCUACACACCACGACUCGAUUUAAACAGUUUGACCGACGUCUCUGCUUAUUUCCCGGACGGAACUUGGUGUGGCAACGACGGCCAGAAGGAUCUGUAUUGCCUCCAACGAUCCUGCGUCUCUGGCGAAGGAUUGAUCCGCAGCACCGGAGAGAAAAGCAGCACAGACUUGGACAUGGCCAACAACGCUCCGAUGACGGGUGUGGUCAGUCACAAAAUCCCGGCCGCCUUAGAGGAGUACUUGAUGCUGGACAAGAAUGGUAAACCCAUGAAGGAGGAAAUCGACGCCGAGACGCUGAAAGCCGCCGAAAAGAGCGGGAAAAGCAAUUCGGGUUACGAGGAUCAAGAUUUCAUCACUUUGAAACCACCAAAGUAAAAAACAAUUUAAAGCAUUCUGUUAUUUUUGAACAACCUAAAAGACAUGAUAGUAACUGAAUUUACAAUUGAUGUGCACACCGGGUUGGGGUUGUGGAAUGAUUUUAACAUGAGUUAUCUAAGGUAUUAUCUAAAAAAACAAAAAUUUGGGUUAUUGGUUUUAUGUUUCUAUAGUCACCAAACGGGAUUGUGUGCACUUAAUGAAAUGGGAUGUGACGGUUAAGGUUUUAAUCCAAAUAUCGAUUCAAAUAAAUGCAUUCGUUCCGCAAA